AUGGCGACAAUCGUGCUGGGAAGUCAAUGGGGCGAUGAAGGCAAGGGAAAGAUCACAGAUCUUUUGUCCCAGAAUGCGACGCUCUGCGCUCGUUCUGCCGGCGGACACAAUGCCGGCCACACCAUCGUUCACAACUCGGUGACUUAUGAUUUUCACAUCCUCCCCUCCGGCCUCAUCUCGCCAACGUGUAUCAACCUCAUCGGCGCUGGAACGGUCGUGCACGUCCCCAGUUUCUUCAAGGAACUCGCCAGUCUGGAGGACAAGGGAUUGAAGGAAGCCAGCAAGCGCGUCUUCAUCUCCGAUCGCGCCCACGUCUGCUUUGAUCUACACUCUGUUGUUGACGGGUUGGAAGAGGCCAAGCUCGGCGGUCGCAAAGUCGGUACCACAGGCAAGGGCAUUGGUCCUUGCUAUAGCGACAAGGCUGCUCGACGAGGGGUGCGCGUUGGUGAGAUUGCAGAUGAAGAGGUCUUUGAGCGUAAACUGCGCAACCUCGAGACCGGCUACAGGAACCGAUUCGGCGAGUUGGCGUAUGAUGUUGAAGAUGAGAUCAACCGAUUCAAGGAAUACCGGAAACUUCUCCAACCUUACAUUAUUGAUCAGCUUCCCUUCCUCCAAAAAUACAAGAACGACGACCGGAUACUCGUUGAAGGCGCCAACGCCCUCAUGCUCGAUCUCGACCACGGCACAUACCCGUUUGUGACAUCGUCCUCAACGGGCCUCGGAGGCGCCAUUCAGGGCCUAUCCCUCAACCCCACCAGGAUAAAGGACAUCAUCGGCGUCGUCAAAGCCUACACGACCCGCGUGGGCUCCGGCCCAUUCCCAUCCGAGCAGCUGAACGAGUUCGGCGAGAAACUGCAAUCCGCAGGCCGCGAAUUCGGCGUCACUACCGGCCGUAAGCGUCGCUGUGGAUGGUUCGAUCUGGUGCUGUGCCGCUACUCGCUCGCUAUCAACCACUACACCGCCCUCAAUCUGACCAAACUUGAUAUUCUGGACGACUUUGACGAGAUCAAGGUUGCCGUUGCAUACAAACUGCCCGACGGCACUCGCAUCGAUGGCUCGUACCCGGCCGACCCUAAGACCCUGGAAAACCUCGAAGUCGAGUACAUCACCCUGCCAGGAUGGAAGAGCAACACCAUGGGCGCGACAAAGUACGAAGCUCUACCAGAAAAUGCCCGCAAAUACGUCGAGUAUAUCGAAAAGGGAUUGGAUGGUGUGCCGGUCAAGUGGAUUGGCACAGGUCCGGCUAGAGAGCACAUGAUUAUUCGGUAA